AUGGGGUGUUGCUGUCGUAGAUAAAAGAAUCCUACAAAUACCUCGAGUAAUUAAGGGUAAAGAAUCACUUAACCAAAGAAACUUGAGGAAAUAGUAAUUUAACCUAUUGCUUUUGUUCCAGACUCUCCUAAGGUUUAGAAGAAUAAGAUAAAAUAAUUAGAUAUUAGAACCGUAGAUUUACUAGAGAUGUCACAUGUAAUGGAUCCUUUAUCUUAAACUUCUAUUAAAUCUGAUGAGUCAAUUAUAAGCAAAUUUUAGUAAAAAAUUGAAGAACUUGAAGAAGAAUAGGAGCAGUUUAAUAAAAAAAAAACAUCAAUUGAAACAGAAUUACUUAGAUCCUUUAUUUCAUAAGAAACCUAAUUAUCAAACUAUUCAAAUAAUCCUGAAGUUAUUGGAGUUUAGAUAAAAAAUCGCAAUAUUUGUGAUAUCCAAAAUAAAUAUGAUUUUUCUGGAGUAAAAGAUUUUACAGAAUAUCGAGGAUAGGUUUAUAUAGAGAGAUUAAUUUAAAAAUAAAAAUCUUUUAUUUGCACAUACAUAGGUAAGAUAGAACAACAAUAUUGUUGUGUCAAAUUAAUACCUAUGGCAAAAUAAAUACAUAUUGAUAACUGGAUAAAAAGUGUCUAAAAUAUUCAGCAAUAAAUUGAUGGUUACUUUUUUCAGAAAUACUGCUAUUAUAAAAUUGAAAAAAUAAAUGAUUAGCCAGAAUAUUGCAAUUGCUUUAUACUUUGCAAUUUAGAACAAUAUAAUGUUUAUACUUUUAGGUAUUAUUGAUUAAUUAUAAUUAGCCAUCAUUUAGCUAUAACCUUUGAAGAAAAAGUGUCAGUUGCUCCUGAUAUUAUCUAAAUUAUUUUUUUUGCUUUAUAGGAAUAUGAGGAAAAACAAUAAUCUAAUCCUAAAAAAUUAUCAGCUUAGAUAUUUAAAAAAAUGUUUACAGUGAAGAGAAAUAAUAUAUUGAUAUCCAGAUGCAAAAUAACAUAAAAAUUAACGGUAAUCCUUUCUGAUUGGCAAUUAUUGCUCCCGGAAUUUGAACAGAUUAUUCCUAACAAAAUAUUGUAAAAUUAAGAUAAUCUUUUUGAGAUACUUUAAUCAUAAACUAGCCGAAUACUAUAAUCAAAUAAUAGUAAUCUAGCAUCAAAAGACCCAGAAUCUUAAAAUCUUUAAGACCAAAAUUCAUUUAGACUAAUGAAAAUAUAAUCACAGUUAGUUGAUAUAUUCAUUAAAUACCUUAUGAAGCUAUUAUUUUUCAGAUCCAAUUUUGAGUAUUUCUAUUUUUAAUAUUCAGGUUACAAAAUGAAGUAAGCUUGGACGGAUUUUAUAAUCAAAAUUAAUUUUAAAAUAAGUGCGAAAUUUUAAGACCGAUUUAGAACCAUGAUUUACUAUUAUAAGAAGAAAUUGAAGGAUAACUUAAAGAGAAUACAGAAACAUAAUAUAAAGCAAAUUAAAUCGAAUUUAUGAAGAAAAAGUCCUCAGAAAUGUGCAAUUUAUUUUCAUUAAAACCAGAAGAAAAUUUUAAAUCUAUUUAUGAAUUUUAUCUGAUAAUUAAUAAAUUUGCAUGUGAAGGAAUGCGAUCUCAUUUUAUUUAAUUUAAUAAUUCAAAUUCAAACACAAUUAAUAACCAAUAAAUAAAUUAGAAAGAAUGA